AAUCGUAGUUUCAACAUUUAUACACAUUUUUUUUUACUUUUCUCUCUCAACACUUUCUCCAGGGCCUUUUGAUUACCUUGAUCAACCUCUCAUCUUGACCCUUCCCCCCCAUUAAGUGGGAGUGACCACUGUUCCAACAGCACUGUCGCUUCUCAAUUCUGCAUUGGUGCGCUUUGGACUACACACUUGACACGCGCCUUUUCAGAAACGGAUUGUCUAUGCUGACUUUGCUUUCCUUGACAUGUUGUGUUGACAGUGUUGGGACUAGUUAGCGAAGAUGUGCUGAAGCCACCGGUAAACGAUAGCUUGUUGACAGUUAUUUUUAGUUCCCGUUCGCGCACGAUGAAAGAGAAACGGACCGCGAAAUCACCAGUGGUGCACGGUGACAAGUGAAGUGCAAGCAGCAGUCAACAGAGGUCCCUUUUGGAAGGAAUCGUAGAACGAUGAAGUCGAGGAGAGACAAACUGAACAUCCCCUCUCUUACUUUGGAUUUGUCACCCACUUGCCAAAGCCCAACUCUACUGAGCCCAAGCAGCCCCUGCAGCCCUUUACAAACCCUUCAUCCCUGGAGUUGCCGGAGCAGUAACAGGAAGAGUCUUGGCGUGGGGACACCAUCUCCCACUCUGUCAUGCCCUCUCUCCCCACUCUCCGUCCACACCGCUGCAAACAGUCCCCUAGACAGCCCCCGGAAUGUAUCCACCUGUGCCUCCCUCAACUUCCCAUUCGCUCGCAGAACGGAAGGCAGAAGAUGGUCACUGGCGUCCCUCCCCUCUUCCGGCUACGGAACCAAUCCCCCCAGCUCUACCGUCUCUUCGUCCUCCUCCUCCCAGGAGCGCCUGCACCAGCUGCCCUACCAGCCCACUCAAGACCAACUCCACUUCCUGUUCAAGCACUUCCUCAGCUCGGAGAAUGUGGCCGACGAGGAAGUGCGACCCUCACCGUUCAUGCGCCCUCGCUCCCACAGCCUCAGCCCCGCAAGAACAAUGGGUUCAUUCGAUAAUGAGGUCGUCAUGAUGAACCAUGUUUACAAAGAACGUUUUCCUAAGGCCACACUGCAGAUGGAGGAGCUCUUGCUUGAUAUCAUCACUGCCUGCUCCUCAGAAAGCACCCUCCCGCUGUCUGAUGGCGUCCUGGGCUUCAUCCAGCACCAGCUGGUGGAGCUGGUCCGAGACUGUCUGGACAAGUCCCACACGGGCCUGGUCACCUUGCGCUACUUUGUGGAGUUGCAGGAUAAGCUGGAGAAGCUGCUCCACGAGGCGUACGAUCGCUCGGAGAGCGAGGAGGUAUCCGUCAUCACCCAGCUGGUGAAGAAGAUUCUCAUCAUCAUAUCCCGACCGGCGAGGCUGCUCGAGUGCCUGGAAUUUGACCCGGAAGAGUUCUAUCAUCUGCUGGAGGCAGCCGAGGGUCAUGCCAAAGAGGGCCAGGGCAUCAAGACGGACAUUCCACGUUACAUCAUCAACCAACUGGGCUUGACUCGCGACCCCCUCGAAGAUAUGGUACAGCUUGAACAGUCCGCUCCGUCAAUGACAGUGAAGUUUGAGUCGGUGGAGCAGAACAAGUGUCCACAGACCCCAACGCGAAGGAAACCACUGGAGAGUGACUUUGAAACCAUCAAGCUCAUCAGUAAUGGAGCUUAUGGGGCUGUGUACCUGGUCCGUCACAGAAACACCCGGCAGCGUUUCGCCAUGAAGAAGAUCAACCGGCAGAACCUAGUCCUGAGGAACCAGAUCCAGCAAGUUUUUGUGGAGCGGGACAUCCUGACCUUCGCCGAGAACCCCUUCGUGGUCUCCAUGUUUUGCUCCUUCGAGACACGGCGCCACCUGUGCAUGGUGAUGGAGUAUGUGGAAGGUGGGGACUGUGCCAACCUGCUGAAGAACAUGGGCCCCCUUCCUGUGGACAUGACCCGGAUGUACUUUGCUGAGACUGUGCUGGCCUUAGAGUACCUUCACAACUACGGCAUCGUCCAUAGAGACCUCAAACCUGACAACUUGUUGAUCACCUCUAUGGGCCACAUCAAACUGACUGACUUUGGCCUGUCCAGAGUUGGCCUGAUGAACAUGACUACCAACCUGUAUGAGGGUCACAUGGAGAAAGACACAAGGGAGUUCAUCGACAAACAGGUGUGUGGCACCCCAGAGUACAUAGCCCCAGAGGUGAUACUGAGACAGGGCUAUGGGAAGCCAGUAGACUGGUGGGCCAUGGGCGUCAUCCUGUAUGAGUUCCUGAUUGGAUGUGUGCCCUUCUUUGGGGACACGCCCGAGGAACUCUUUGGGCAAGUUGUCAGUGAUGACAUCACCUGGCCCGAUGGGGACGAAGCUUUACCUGCAGAUGCCCAGGACAUGAUCACACGGCUGCUGAGGCAGAGCCCUCUGGAGCGCCUGGGGACAGGAGGAGCACCUGAGGUCAAACGACACUGCUUUUUCUUGCAUCUGGACUGGAACGGGCUACUUCGACAGAAAGCAGAAUUCAUCCCUCAACUGGAAGCGGAGGACGACACCAGCUACUUUGACACUCGCUCAGAGCGGUACCACCAUUUGGCCUCAGAUGAGGAUGAUGAAACCAACGAUGAAGAGUCUUCCCUGGAAAUCCGACAGUUCUCCUCCUGGUCAAACCGCUUCAGCAAGGUAUACAGCAGCACAGAACAUCUGGCCACGCAUUCCAACUUGAGCUUCUCAUCGGGCCACAGCGAGGACAAGGAGGGCUGGGAUGGAUGUUUCACAACCUCCCCAGGAGGAGACAUCCACAGACAGGAACGCCAGCACCAAGAUCGCAAGGGCAGCCUGCGCCCUCGUGCCUCGUCCAGUUCCUCCCAGUCUGAGAGGAGCGCCAGCCCCCUGGUGAUGAGCAGCACCCACAGUCUGGAGACCAUGCCGCGCUUCGCCUUCUCCACAGACGAUGAAGCUGAGGUGGUUGUAUCAAACCUGCAUCGGAUUCGUAGCAACCGCACCGGAGCGAAACACUCUUCCCCCAAGGACCACGGGACCUCCCGACACUUUGGGAACCAGCUGAAGACGCCAGACAGUCCGAGGCUUGGGGGCAAACUACCCAAGUCUGCCUCCGUCUCCGCCCUGUCUCUCGUCAUCACUGCAGACGACAUGCCCGGGGGCCUCCAGGCCAGCCCCAUCUUAAUGCGCUCCCUCUCGUCCAACCCUUCAUCACGCGACUCAUCCCCCAGCCGAGAUCUGUCGCUUAGCCUCAGCAUCCUGGGUCCACCCAUCGUCAUCCACAGCUCGGGGAGGAAGUACGGCUUCACUAUGCAGGCCAUCCGCGUCUACAUGGGCGACAGCAACGUUUACACUGUGCACCACAUGGUCUCGAAUGUCGAAGAUGGCAGCCCAGCCCAUGACGCAGGACUGAGGGCCAAUGACCUCAUCACUCACGUGAAUGGAGAGUCUGUGCAAGGCCUGGUCCACACAGAGAUAAUGGAGCUGCUUCUGAAGAGUGGUGGCAAGGUGGCCCUUCAGACCACGGCACUGGAGAACACGUCAAUCAAGGUUGGGCCGGCUCGAAAGACCAGCCACAAGGGCAAAAUGGCAAGACGCAGCAAGAAAAGCAAGAGAAGGGAUAACCAGGACAGGAGGCGGAGCAUCCUGAAGAAGCUGUCCAAGCAAAGCACAGUGAUGCACAGCAGCCGAAGCUUCAACUCUGGCCUGCAGCACCACUCUGUGUCGUCCAGCGAGAGCCUGCCGGGCUCCCCCACACACAGCCUGUCCCCCGGCCCCUCCACCCCCUGUCGCAGCCCUGCCCCUGACCACCAGGCUGGAGACACCACCUCUCCACAGAGCAUCUCUCCCAGCUCCAGCUCUCCCAGCUCCAGCUCUCCCAGCUCCCUGCACGGCCUGGCCUCCAAGCUGGGCACUCAGCGCUACACCAAGGUGGGUCGCCGCAAGUCCACCAGCAAUCCCCCGUCCCCCCUGGCCUGCAACUCCUCCACCCAGCCCCUGUCACCCCAGCGCUCCCCCUCCCCCCUCUCUGGCAUCACCAAGACCUUCCACGGCAAGACUCUGUCCCCCCCCACCAUCGUCCGCCAUUGUUUGCGCCCCCGCAGUGCCGAGCCGCCCCACUCCCCCCUCCUCAAGAGGGUGCAGUCAGCUGAGAGGCUCUCGAGCGCCUACCACACCGACAAGAAGUCGUACCCCCACCGAAGGCACACGUUGGAGGUGCCUUUCCAGGACAAGGUGGAGGGAGUCUGCGGCGGAGGGGACCACGGGAGGCUGCUGGUGGGGUAUGGGGGCUGCCAGAGGCUGAAGGACUGGGCGUCGGAACGCUCAGAGCAGCUGGUGGUGAUGAGGAAGCUCAACCUGUCGGAGCGCCGCGACUCCUUCAAGAAGCAGGAGGCGGUGCAGGAGGUGAGCUUUGAUGAGCCUGACGACCAGAAGACCGUCACCGCAACAACGCUCAACGCCCCUGGAGGCAAUCGGGUCCCGCAGAGGGCGGCCUCCUGGGCGGCUAUUUCCCAAACCAGCGAGGAGUUGACUGUGGUGAAACGUUUCAACCUGGUGCCUCAGAUUGCUGUGCAGGGCUUGAUAGAGAGCGAGGACCAGGAUGUCUGGGAGCCGUGCUCUGAUGGAGAGGAGGACAACGGCGAGAGGCAGGAGCCCGAAUCUACUGAUUCCAACAUCGGAUCACAGCAGCCGAGCAAGGAUGUCUCUCUCAUGGUAAAAAUCUCUAGUAAGGCACCAGAGGAGACAGCUGCUUUGCACAAAGAAAGGCCUGCUUCGGAUUAAGUUGGGGAUACAGCAGUGGACUCUAGCCCCCAGAAAGGGAAGCUAAGGAAGUGACAUUUCCUUGACUCAUUUUAUAUAGCCAUUUCUUCCAAGGAAGCACCUUCAUACUCUCACUGCUGAAGGAAGGAAAUGUUUGGGCGAAAGAGUAUUUUGCCACAUUGAUUUUGUUUUGUAGAUUUCACUUGAUUCAGGACUUAGUUUUGUAAAUAUGUAACACCAGGAAAUAGACGGCACUUUAUUUCCUGGACUUAUUUAUUACUUUUAAGCUAAUAGGAUUUAUAAUGGGGCCAAAAAAGAAAAGUGUUCAAUUGAUAGUGACUUGCCAAGAUUAAAUCAUGUUUUGUAUUCAUAGAAAUAUAUUUAUUUUCUAUUGUCAUGAUUUUUCUAGAAAUGUCUAUUUUUAAACAUGGUACAGAGUAGUUGAUAAUGGUAGGAAUUUCACAGAAGUAAGUUGUUUUUGGUGAGGAAAGUUUUGACAUUUUUUCUGCAUUCAUAAAUGGAAAGUAGGAAUGUAUAAAUCUUAAUUUCUAAAGAUUACCACAAUUUGAAAGUUGUUCAGAUUUAGGCUUGGAAACUGAGACUACAGUUUUGAAGUAUAUUUUCAAUCGUACAAAACUGUAGGGCAAUUCUUAUAUGAACUACUUCGGUCAGUUUUUAGUUGAUGUGAAGACUACUCACUAUUUGUUUUGUUUUUUGUUUUAUGAAGCCAUAUCUUAUGAACUGAAGGCCCUUUUUGUUUGACGAAUAGAUGUUAUUUCCUUGUUGGCAUGCUUGACAGUAGCAGGAAAAUGUAGUCUCCUUUACGAAUAUAGUUUAUAUUUCAAAGCAAUUUUAUGCAACUCGGAGGGUAUUUCUUUAAAUCUCAGCCACCAUAGAAAUGAAAGCAAGUGUUUCACAUGAAAAUCAGUAACUAGUUAGUUUUAAAACCUGUUAAUUAUAUUGCACAAUAUUCUGUCAUAACCUCAUUGUCAUGUUCGUUCAUCCUGAUGUUGUUCUAUUGGGUUCAUGGUUCCGCUGUACUGAUUCUCAUGGCAACAGGGUUUAACCCUUGGGUUUGCUGAAAUCACGGUGGACUUAAAUCAGUUGAACAUUGGUGUAGCAUGGCAAUUUGAGCUUGCUGUAAAUGCUUAUACUACAAAAGCAUGAAACCUUUGUUUUUAUCAAAUACUGUUACCUCAUCACUGUCACACAGGCAAUUGUUGACAGGAUAUUGUUUUGUUAAGGCACCGAUGUUUUGCUCUUAAGCCUGUUUUAGGCUACGUCCAGGAAUACAGUUAUCCAGGUGACGCCACCAAGCUAAAGAGAAACGGUUUAAGCUUUCACGGGAUCUGCUUGCAUAUUUUCAAUUAUCCUUGAUACAGCCUUUGACCUUAUCUACAUUUAUACAACGGGUGGGUCUAAUCCUGAAUGCUGGUAGGUUAAAAGUGCAUUCCAGGCGCUAUUUCAUCUUGUGCUUUUGAGUUGAUGUUUACAUUUGGGUAAGGUGCACUAAGGGAAAUUACUAUUUUGACAUAACAUAUAUAUUUUUUUUUACCGAUUUAAAAAAAAAAAUAUAUAUAUAUAUAUAUAUAUGAGUCAAUAAUGAAGGAGCACCCCAUACCUUAAGUCAGACCCCAGGGCUUAGAUAUUAACAGAUGCUAGUUUUAUGUCUUUGUACUGUACAUGUAUAUAUUUUGAUAUCUGAGACUAAUUCUGUAUGAAUUGUUAUUGUAUAUUUUGGAGUAUACCAAGCAACGUGAACAACCAUGGCUGUAAGAAUGAGCAUCUGAUGCAGCAAGGAUGACGCUUGUUGGGGAAUCACAUCAGUAUUGCAAUGCAUAUAAUGAAUUAGCUGUUUUGAACACCAUCAUUUUGUCCCAUUUUAUACUCCAAAGUAGUUUUGAAGUCUGAUAUUGUCAAAUGGUACUCCCUGUUAUUUAACCCUCUUUAUAUAUCAAAAGUGGGGGGUCUUUAGAAGUCUCAACAGAUCCUCAGACUAUAAUUUCAGACUGGAUGAACUGCUCAGGACUCAGAAGUCAGUGUUGGUGAAAUGAAGUUAUACCGAAGACACACUUACUCACAAAGUCAGAAUUGUUAACAAUGAACAUGCUAUAUACACAAUUGAAACAUAGAAUUUUGGAGUCCUGUAUUUCUACUUAAUGAAACCACUUUUUGAUACCAUGUACUGUGAAGCUAUUGUGUUAGUCUGCACAUUUCAGCACUACAUCAUUUUACACGAGUACCUUUUUGAACUAAAUCUUCCUUAAACUGUUCUGUAGGAAUAGUGUAGGAUGAGGUUACUCUUCUCUUCGUAAUACUUGAUUGCAUGUAACGCUGGGUUUAUAAAGUGCAUGCUGUGGUUUUUAAUGUGUGUCUAAUCGUAUUGUGUGCACAGUCAACUUUUGCACUUUCCUCUCACUCCUAUUCAUCAUGCCCUGAACCAGAUGUGAUCAUAUACAAAUUUAAGCAUGGUUUGAAAUAAUUGUGUUUUAGUCAAAUAUUCUUGCGGUCAAUUUGCAGUCAACUAAUUAUUUGGAAUUUAGACUCCGACCCACCGACAAUCCGCUCAAGAAAAAAAUCGGCCCGUGGCUGAAAAAGUUGAUGAUCCCUGUCAUGAGGGAUGCAUGUGGUUCAUCAAGGGCUGGGAGUGAGCUUAGAAGGUUUGGCUACACAUCAGUCUGCAAUGCUUUGUCUUUUGCAUUUAACCCUCAUUCUGACACUGCCAUUUUGUCUGCUAUCUAACACCUCUAUUCUCACUUAGUUGUAGACUAAAGGUACCUGCAUACUGUAGCACACUUACAGGGUAAAAUGGAAGAACAUGUCCACAUUUAUUAUUUCUGUUUAAUUGUGAUUUUGUUAGCACUGUACCCCCAGUAUUUCUAAUUUCCAUUUUAUGUGAAUAUGGAUAUACUGUAUAAGCCAACUUUAUCUGGCUAGUUUCUU